AGCAGCAGCAGGAUGCUGGGUUGAAGCUCUCCUCUGUGGCAGCACUGCCAUCUCCUGCUGAGCUAAGCACGGAGCAUAUUAGCAGUCUGUUUCUGCUGCUGCAGCUCAGAGGAUUACACUUCAUAUUUACCGCACUGAUCGGACACAGACACGCAGGAUUUGUGGAGAACAUCAACCAGAUUACACCCGCAUCCGUCCACCCCUCCCGUCCCUCUAUAAAUCUGCUGCCCGUUUUUAAUUUGAGCCCCCAAACGAGUUCCUUUCAUACAUAUUUCUUUGAUGACAUAAUUUAAAGUAACCGCUUUUUCCUGCAGCUAGAACGGAGUCAGGAGGAACGCCUUGAUGAAGCUUGCGAUGCGUGCGCGCAGUUUAAAGCGGCGCAAAUGCGCGCAUCACUUCGCCCGAGAGAAAAAUGGGGCUAAAAAAGGAGUUUUUCGCGCAGAGCGUUUAGUUGCCUGCAGCACCCAGAAGUGAACAGCAGGCGACCCGGAAGGUUUGGAGUCCGAGGCAGAGCGAGCAGCAAAAGGAGUCCGAGUCCUAAUAAAACAUUUCUUCGGUCUGUGGCGCAGAAUGGCUGAACCUCGCUUCAACAGCCCGUAUUUCUGGCCUCCUCCUCCAGCCAUGCCUGGGCAGCUGGAUAACCUAGUAUUGAUCAAUAAAAUCAAGGAGCAGCUGAUGGCGGAGAAGAUCCGACAACCCCAUCUGCCCGCUGCUUCAUCGGCUUCCCAGCAGCCUUUACUGACUCCCAGUCAGGCUGACGGCAGCCAGCACGGAUCCUCCAAGGCUCAGCAGCAGAUGCCGGCCCUCUACAGUCAGAGCCCCUCUCAGCCUGACAUCGCUCUGCACGCCCGUCCUGCCUCCAGCUCCGUCACAGGUCGCAUUUUGGGUGAUGUUAACUUGAAUUUGGACGACAAGGCGGCUAUUAAAGCAAGAGGAUUGUGGGAAGACUGGCAUCUGCGUCAUCUCAUUGACCAUCCUUCCAGAACAAACCACGUCUCAGGUGUGGCACUGGCUUCCAGAACCGGCAACCUCAGCACCUCUGAGAUCCUCACUCCCACAACUCCCACUUCGAGCAGUCAAAGCCGGCUGUGCGGGUCUUCCACCCCUCACUUCAUCUCAGGGUUGGCUGCUGGCCGCGGGAUUGAGGGCGGGAAGAGCAACGGAGGCCUUUUGGGACUUCUUGGCCCUCCUCCAAAGCUGGAGCGAGGGCGCAAAAAGAUCAAGGCGGAGAACGGGUCUUCUCUCUUGGUGGUACCCUACCCAAUCCUCGCUUCAGGGAAUGACCAGCCCUGCGUCGGCAUCUCUGCAAAAGAGGGGAAAACUUACAGGUGUAAAAUUUGUCCGCUGACCUUCUUUUCCAAGUCAGACAUGCAGAUUCACUCCAAAACCCACACAGAGGCCAAAGCUCACAGGUGUCCUCACUGCACCAAGACCUUUGCAAACGCAUCCUACCUAGCUCAGCAUCUGCGCAUACACCUGGGCACCAAACCUUACCGCUGCUCCUACUGCGAGAAAUGUUUUCGCCAGCUCUCUCACUUGCAACAGCAUACCAGAAUCCACACGGGUGACCGGCCUUACAAGUGUGCCCAUCCAGGAUGUGAAAAAGCUUUCACCCAACUGUCUAAUCUGCAGUCUCAUCAGAGACAGCAUAACAAAGACAAGCCCUUCAAAUGCUCCAACUGUUACCGUGCCUAUUCAGACUCUGGCUCCCUGCAGAUCCAUCUGUCUGCGCACGCCAUCAAAAACGCCAAGGCUUUCUGCUGCAGCAUGUGUGGCAGAGCAUACACCUCAGAGACAUACCUGAUGAAGCACAUGUCUAAACAUGGGAUGGUGGAACAUGUGAUGUCCCAUCAUUCACCUCUACACAGGACAGACUCUCCUUCCAUUCCUAUACGAAUCUCCAUCAUCUAAGGUCCAUAAACUCUUGGGCUUCCCCCGCCAAACAACCAUGGAACGCCAAAAAUGGGCUUCAAUAGACUGUCAGUGUUUUGAGAAGAGGAUCUCCUUUGAUGGAUCUAUCUCGCUUUCCUAUUCUUGCUGACCAGACAGUAUCAUUGGGGACAUCCAAAGAUGAUUUCUCAGCACUUUUAGGCUUCACGCUGAAGGCCGUAAAUAUCUACCCGUGUUACUUUCGAGAGAAAGAAAAUUAGCUGGAGGCAGCUCCACGGAAAUGACGGAUGAACUUAUUUUUACUGCUUAACUUUUUGUUUGGUUCUUUAUGCAUUUUUUCCCAUUAAGUCUUUGCAAAAACGAUACAUCAAAAAAUAGUCUUCCAUUUACUAAGUGGACAACUUAACAUAUAGAUUUGUGUUUGUUUUUUUUUUUUGCGUGUCAUGCCAUUUGAGAGUUUGCAAGGUUUUAUCAGAUAUGCUGCAAUAAUACUCAAAGUACUGAUGGUGUUGAAACAUUUAUGUCAGAAAUGUUGAAGAUGUUGCCAAUUUUUGACAUUUUGAAAAACCUUUUUUAAACAAAUUUGUAAAAGUACAAACCUGGUGUUAAUUAUUGGAGAUAUUUUAGUCGAAAUAUUCUAAGACUACCUAUAAUACUGGGAUAAGAUUAUAAAAACAUCCAAUUAAAGACAACACUAUGGCCAAAAAAAACAUAUGGCCAAAAAACAAACACACAGACAGAUGUACGCACUCGCACAGUUGAUGAGUGCUUUGGUACACAUGGAUGAUGUUUGAUGAGUGUAAGAGGUCAAUAUAGUGGAGAAACAUGUACAGAUUUCUUUUGUGUAAAUCAAAUUGUACUUGAUAAAAAUAUUUUUUAUAUAUUGUUGCUAAUGAUCAUAAUGGAGAGAAAAAAUCUGCAUCAAACGUUUGUUUUUGUCUCCUUUUUUAUUUCUUAAAACAAGAUGAAAACAACUAUACAUUUAUUUAAACCACAGACCCAACAUUACAAAAGGAAAUACAUUAGGUUUUUUUUCACAGACGUUUUUUUUUUGCUACUUUUAAAAUUUCUAGAUUGAAAAAGAUCAUUUUUGCCAAAUAAACAUUUCAUGUCUGGCCAACA